ACCUACUAACACAACAGUACAAUCAGCCAAGAUGGGUGCCCUCAAGUAUGUCGAGGAGCUUCAAAAGAAGAAGCAGUCGGACAUGAUGCGCUUCUUGAUGCGCGUUCGCUGCUGGGAGCUUCGCCAACUCAAGGUCAUCCACCGUGCCAGCCGCCCGUCGCGCCCCGACAAGGCCCGCCGUCUCGGUUACAAGGCCAAGCAGGGCUACGUUAUCUACCGUGUCCGUGUCCGCCGUGGAGGUCGCAAGAGGCCCGCUCCCAAGGGUGCCACCUAUGGCAAGCCCACCAACCAGGGUAUCAACCAGCUCAAGUACCAGCGUUCUCUCAAGUCGACCGCCGAGGAGCGUGUCGGCCGCCGCUGUGCCAACUUGCGCGUCCUGAACUCCUACUGGAUCAACCAGGACUCUACGUACAAGUACUACGAAGUCAUCCUCGUUGACCCCUCCCACAAGGCCAUCCGCCGCGAUGCCCGCAUCAACUGGAUCGUCAACCCCGUUCACAAGCACCGCGAGAGCCGUGGCCUCACCGCUACCGGCAAGAAGAGCCGUGGUCUUGGCAAGGGACACGGAUACAAUAAGACCACCGCCGGCAGGAGGAAGACCUGGAAGAGGCACAACACCCUCUCCCUCUGGCGUUACCGGUAAAUGCAUUGAGGCUCUUGCGUGCAUGGUGGGAAACAUGGUCAAUCUUUUCGAGCGAAUGGGCUGGCGUGCAUGGAAAAGCUAUUCAAGGCUCUAUAGCUGC